UUUAGACCGUGACCCAGCUGAUGGAGAGCGCCGCCGUGUUUUCAAACGCCACUACCGGUUGUCUUCUUCGUCGGAACGCCACUGAUGGCAGUUAUCUAUCCUCACGUCGAAACCCUACUCUCCUUUCUUUUCUUCCUUUUAACAAGAUUCCAGAUCGGUUGCGUUUUCCUUAUCUAAAAACUGCAUCUAGCAGUAGUAAUGCGUCUGCUGUUCGAACGUCCUCAGCCGUCAGCACUCGAAGUGAAUCCGUUGAUAUCGAUUGGGAAACACUUGGAUUCGGGCUUGUGCAUACCGAUUAUAUGUAUAUCACGAAAUGCUCCCAAGGUGGGAGUUUCUCCGAAGGUGAAUUAGUGCCCUUUGGGUACAUCGAGAUUAGCCCCUCGGCCGGAGUCCUUAACUAUGGACAGGGAUUGUUUGAAGGUCUGAAAGCAUACCGUAAAGUAGAUGGUAGUAUUUUACUGUUUCGUCCCGAAGAAAAUGCUGCAAGGAUGAUGAUGGGGGCAGAGCGUAUGUGCAUGCCUUCUCCUUCCGUUAGUCAGUUUGUCGAAGCUGUUAAGGCCACUGUCUUGGCAAAUGAAAGAUGGAUACCUCCUCCAGGUAAAGGUUCAUUAUACAUAAGGCCGUUACUUAUGGGGAGUGGAAGUGUACUUGGUCUUGCACCAGCUCCCGAGUAUACUUUUCUAAUUUAUGUUUCUCCUGUUGGUAACUAUUUCAAGGAAGGUUUAUCACCAAUAAAUUUGAUUGUUGAGACCGCAAUGCAUCGAGCAUCCCCUGGAGGUACUGGAAGUGUAAAGACAAUUGGAAACUAUGCUGCGGUUUUGAAGGCUCAAAGUGCUGCAAAAGCUAGAGGCUAUUCUGAUGUUUUGUAUCUUGAUAGUGUGCACAAGAAGUAUUUGGAAGAGGUUUCUUCUUGUAAUGUAUUUGUUGUAAAGGGCAACAAUAUAUCUACUCCUGCCAUAAAAGGAACCAUCCUACCUGGUAUUACACGAAAGAGUAUAAUUGAUGUGGCUCGUAGCCAAGGAUUCCAGGUUGAGGAAAAAGCUGUAACAGUGGAUGAGUUGCUUGAUGCAGAUGAAGUUUUUUGUACAGGAACCGCAGUGGUGGUAUCCCCUGUUGGCAGCAUAACAUAUCUUGGCAAAAGUGUGUCUUACGGGGGCAGUGGUGUAGGGCUUGUGUCACAACAACUCUAUACUGCACUGACACGUCUACAGAUGGGUCUGAGCGAGGACAAGAUGGGUUGGGUAAUAGAAAUCAAGUAGCUCCUUCUCUGUUUGGCUGUGCCUUGGUUUGUAGUAUUUUGCUCUCUCAAAAGAUGGUUUUUGGGUGGAUGUUUUGAUUGUAAAAUUACACCAUUCAUUGUUAUGCCUCGAAGAGCAAAAGAAUGGUCAAUGGAAACAAUGACCGUGAUGUUUAAAAUGUGUAUCUUGUUUGAAAAUAGUAGGGCUAGAGUGUUGGCACUGUGGGUGUUGGAGCAAGAUUCGACUAAUUCCAUGGGCCUUGGAGUUGACGCCUGACAAGUUACCUUGAGGGAAGUUUGUGGGCGAUUUGACUACAAACACAUUUGUGGGUACACUUGGCAUUGCCACAGGAUCUACAAUUGGAACUCUGCCUCCAUAUUUUACAAGGCUUCUUGCAAUGCCGUUAGACAAUUAUGGGUCUCCGAUUAUACAUACUUAAGGGUCAUGUUUACAUAUAUUAGUUGUGUACAUGUGCUGACCAUCGCUUUAUA